AUGCUGUUUCUGCUACUUCCAUUUCUAGCUGCUCUUCUCCUACGAGGUAACAAUGAGGAAGGAAUCGAGGAGCCUAUCUCCUACCAUCUUAUCCAGAUCUCAUCCUUUUACAACCAUUCCUGGACACAAAAUUUUGGCUCAGGAUGGCUGGGUGAGUUGCAGACUCAUGGUUGGGACAGCACGUCAGGAACCAUCAUUUUCCUACAGCCCUGGUCCAGGGGGAACUUCAGCAACAAAGAGUUAAUAGAACUGGAAAGGUUUUUCCGUGCCUACUUUGUUAGAUUUCUUCAAGCAAUUCACAACUAUGCCCAUCAGUUGCAAUUUGAAUAUCCCUUUGAGAUGCAGGUAACAAUAGGCUGUGAGCUACACCCUGGGUGGGUGUCAGUAGGCUUCUUGCGGGGAGCUUAUCAAGGAUCAGAUUUCAUGAGCUUCCAGAACAAUUCAUGGCUGCCAUCUCCAAAGGGUGGGAGUAGUGCCCAGCUUGUUUGCAGAGCACUUAAUCAAUACCAAGUCUACAAGGAAAUAGCACAGACGCUUCUCAGUGACACCUGCCCACGUUUCAUCUUGGGUCUUCUUGAUGCAGGGAAGGCAGAUCUCCAGCGACAAGUGAGGCCUGAGGCCUGGCUGUCCAGUGGCCCCAGUCCUGGGCCUGGCCGUCUGCUGCUGGUGUGCCAUGUCUCAGGAUUCUACCCAAAGCCUGUGUGGGUGAUGUGGAUGCGGGGUGAGCAGGAGCAGCCAGGCACUCAGCGAGGUGAUGUCCUGCCCAAUGCUGAUGGGACCUGGUAUCUCCGAGUGACCCUGAAUGUGGUGGCAGGGGAGGCAUCUGGCCUGGCUUGCUGGGUGAAGCACAGCAGUCUAGGAGGCCAGGACAUCGUGCUGUUCUGGGAACAUCACACCUCUGUGGGAUUGAUCAUCUUGGCUGUAAUAGUGCUUUUGGCUCUUCUGACAGUUGUUGCAUUUUGGGUAUGGAAGUGCUGGUGA